UUGGCUCUGGGCUUCAUGGCGCUCUGGUUGACAGCUGUCCUGGCUCUCGCCUGCCUCGGUGGUCUCGCUGCCCCGGGCCCGGUGCCACGACCAGUGCCUCCUUCCGACGUGCCCCUCAGGGAGCUUAUUGAUGAGCUGAUCAACAUCACACAAGACCAGAGGGCUCCCCUAUGCAACGGCAGCAUGGUAUGGAGCGUGGACCUGAAAUUUGGCGGGUUCUGUGCAGCCCUGGAAUCCCUGACCAACAUCUCCAGUUGCAAACCCAUCUACAAGACCCAGAGGAUACUGAAUGGACUCUGCACCCGGAAGGCCUCAGCAGGGGUUUCCAACCUUCCAGACACCAAAAUUGAAGUGGCCCAGUUUAUAACAAAUCUGCUUACCUACUCAAAACAACGUUAUCGUCUCGGCGACUAUUAUGACUGA